AUGGACUCUAGAUACGGUGACUUCGGUCUACCCGGACCCGAGCACGAUAUGGUACAGAUCGAAGAGCAGGCCACUUUUUGCUCCGGCGAUAGAGAAAUAGGCGCGGCUCAUCGUUCCCAUGCGGCGGCUCUGGCGGCAGUCGCUGCAGUACAACAGCGCUACGCCCAGCAGCACCAACAACGCCAUCACUACCAUCAGCCUCUUCAACAUGCCUAUCCCGGCUACUCAAGUCAGCAAAUGAACGCUUCUCCAGCCUACUCCAGUCAACCGACGGCAGGAUUUAGUCCCGCCGGUUGCUAUCCCUUCAGUCAAUCAGCAGCAGGCCCCGCCCUAAGCCUGGGAAUCUCGCCCCCCCCAGCCCCAGCCGGUCUUGGUGGGGCUAGUCUGGCUUCGGCUGCUUCUAUGGCUGGUUGCCUUGGCCAAAGUAGGCCAGGAGAAUUGGGCGAGUUCUACCUCGGAGUGGUGACAAGUGCAGGCAACUCCUGCGGACCUGUGGGCCCUGGCAACCUUGCAGCUGAAGAGGUUGGGCAAAUGGGCGUGGCGGCGGCGGCAGCAGCGGCUGUUGUUGCUGCAAGAACUUGCUUCUUUCCACAAGGUUCCGGGUGUCUUGGACCCUCUAGCAGCAGCGGAACCGAUAGGUCAGGACUUCCAGGAGCGCCAGUUUCUGGCACCGGCUGUCAUGAUGCGGAUACACUAAUGUCUCCUGGUGCCUCGGCUACGAUGGGCCUCAUUUCAGGAGACGGACAUACAGGUAGGCGAUGA